AACAACAACAACAAAUUAAACAAACAAAAGCGAGCAUUAUCUGCGAUGGCCGCCACACCAACGGCCGGAACACCAGCUCCGCCAGCCUCCACGCCGCAGAACUACAAGGUGCCAUCGACCAGCAAGAUAUCCGUGGACAAGCUCCUGCGCGUGGGCUACUAUGAGCUGGAGAAGACCAUCGGCAAGGGCAACUUUGCGGUGGUCAAGCUGGCCACGAACAUAGUGACCAAGACAAAGGUGGCCAUCAAGAUCAUAGACAAGACAUGUCUGAACGAGGAGUACCUGAGCAAGACCUUCCGCGAGAUCUCGAUCCUGAAGUCGCUGCGGCACCCGCACAUCACGCGUCUCUACGAGGUGAUGGAGUCGCAGUCGAUGAUCUACCUGGUGACCGAGUACGCGCCCAACGGCGAGAUCUUCGAUCACCUGGUCGCCAACGGACGGAUGAAGGAGCCGGAGGCGGCGAGAGUGUUUACCCAACUGGUCUCUGCCGUCCACUACUGCCAUCUGCGGGGGGUGGUGCAUCGUGAUCUCAAGGCUGAGAAUGUCCUGCUGGACAAGGACAUGAACAUAAAGCUUGCCGACUUUGGCUUCAGCAACCACUUCGAGGAAGGCGCCACCUUGAGAACCUGGUGCGGAUCGCCGCCCUAUGCCGCCCCGGAGGUGUUUCAGGGCCUGGAGUACGACGGGCCCAAGUCGGAUAUCUGGAGUCUGGGAGUAGUUCUCUACGCCCUGGUGUGUGGCGCCCUGCCCUUCGAUGGAAAGACGAUUCUGGAGCUGAAAAGCCGCGUGGUCCUCGGAAAGUUCCGCAUUCCCUUCUUCAUGUCGCAGGAAUGCGAGCAGCUUAUCCGGAAUAUGCUGGUUGUGGAGCCCGAUCGCCGCUACACCAUUAAACAGAUCAUCAAACACCGAUGGCUCAGCGAAUGGCAGUCAGAGUUGCAGGAGGAGGAGCGCUACGAGGGGUUGCCCUUUGGCGGUGGAGGGCCUGGAUCGGGUACCGUUUCCAAAUCUGCGUCCACAUCCUCGCUGGGCAGCAUGUCGGACUCGCCGCCGCAGCUGGACUCGGUGGUGAUGACGCACAUGCUCCAACUGCCCGGCCUGACCGCCGACAUGAUCGCCCAGUCGGUACACGAGCAGCGCUUCGACAACAUCUAUGCCAUCUACAACCUGUUGCAGGACAAGCUGCAGCAGCGGCGGCGCGAAAACCAAAGACUGCAGCACCACGCCAGCCUAGCGUACUCGCGAUCCCGCAAGACCAGCAUCACCACGGGCGUGGUGGAUCGAUCCGAGCCCGUCAAGCAGGAAUCUCUCGACCGGCUCAGCCCCCUCAGCAAUGCGAAUGCCUCCAGCUCGGCCCUGGGCUUUGGCUGGUCCGAUGUGGCCGUCGACUUGGAGAAGUACGGCGACUUUGAGCUCGAAUGUCUGGCACGAUCUAAUGAGCCUCCCGUAAACCCACAACACUUGAGCGCCCAUGCCGGCGGAGGAGUCAACGGGGCGAACACGCGACGGCACACUGUGGGGCCCGGCGAUGUGGCCCAUGAGCAGGCACUGGCCAACCCGAAUGUGCCGCCCAUCGACUUCAAGUGCCCGCCCCAGAUCGGCGAUCCUGCACAGCCCUGUGCGGUGCCCUAUUACCCCAUGAACCUGCCCAUGCUGCAGAACCAGCCGCUGCACAAUCUCACCAUCAAGGACCAGCAUCUGCUCAAGCCCCCAGUGGUCAUGGGUGCCAGUUCCUUUGGUCGGCGUGCCUCGGAUGGUGGCGCGAAUCUUCACAUUUACUAUCCAGCCACGGGCACAGUUGGCGGGGCCACUCCAGGCCAGCAAAUGGACACUUCCGGCUACUAUAUCAACCCCAACUGUGGCACAGAUCCCUUGGCUGUCCAAGACUUGUCACCUUUGAACGAACAGGCCUCAGCCCAGAUGUCCUGCUGUCCGGAGAACGCCACUGGAGACUGCAACGAGGAGCUGCAGAGUUAUAUGCAAAAUCGUGGCUGUGUCAAGCGCCACACAGUUGGCUGCACUGAGGAUCUAUCGGUUCCGGGACAAGGUUCCCAGUCCCAUGCCCCGACCACCUCCUCCAACAUGCGACAGAGGAGGACGGGCUUGCUGACGGUGACAGAAAGGCCGCCAGUGAUUCCGCCCGAGAUCAUUCGCGAGGUCGAGUCCCGGAUGAACCGCGACUACCUGCCGCCCACUCUGAAAUCUCUGAGCCAGUCGCCGCCCAACGGCACCUACCCCGUGGGCGUGGGUCUGUCCAUGGGCAUGGGGAAGGGCGUGUCGCCGCCACACUCGCUGCCUCUGGUGGCGGCCGCCGGUGGCUCUGUGCCGCUGGUGACGCCCAACAACCGGCGGAUCCAUCGGGUGGUUCACUCCAAGUUGCCCACCGUCCAGGAGGGUGCGACAAUAGGACGCUACAGCCCGGUACGACGCGCCUCGGAAGGAUCCAAGAGCCAAUUCCAGGGACCGCUGCAGGAGUGCCAAUCCCUGCAAAAAGGUAUUGCACAGAGAAACUUUUUGGUUGCACCCAGUCCGCCGCUUUUAGAAAAUUCGAUCAGUCUGCCAGGUUCUCCCAUACACGGUAAGCCGGGAAUGGGCUUGCCCCUGGCCCUGAGACGAGGCCACGACAUCGAAGUGCCCCCGGAGGCCAUCAAGAACCUAAUGCCCGCCCUGGACCGCCUCGUCAAGGAGCAGCGGGUGAGCUUCGAGAUCGCCAACAAGAUAAUCUCAACGCAUGUGGUGCCGAUGGACCUGGCGCCGCUUCUCGGCCUGGCGGCCCACGCCUCGAGCACGGCGGCUGUGAGCGGCGGUCACCUGGACCAGAGCCACCUGCUGCACCUCCAGCAGCAGCAGCAGAUGCACAGCUUCAGUGUGUCGCCCCUGAGCCUGCCGCCGGGUGGCAUCGUGAACGCCUCGCUGACCUCCGCCAAGCAGAUGUUCGGCCAGCCGAUCUGCGGCUACCAGCCGUACCAGCUGACCCUGGCCCUGCAGCCGCAGCAGCUCCAGCAGCAGCAGCUGGUGGGCCAGUUCAGCAGCAUCAACCUGGGCGCCAGCAACUCCAACUCAAGCAGUGGCUGCCAGUCGCCGGUCUUCAGUGGCACCUGCUCGCCCAAUCCCUAUGUGCCCUGUCCGGGCGGCGGCUCCUCCCCGCUCCAUCAGAUCACCAAAGGCAUCUCGGGACUGAGCACAGGCGGCGGCGGUGGCUCCAUUACCCGGGGAACUUCGGCGGCCAGCGAGGGAGCUGCUGCUGCAGCGGCUGCCAACCAGCCUCUGGACCUGUCCAUGGACGUUUGUGGUGGAGCCAUGGAGCAGCAGCCCUCGGACUACGCGACUACCAAUUGGUUCAUGCCUGGGACUGCGUACUAUGACGUGAAACCCUUGAAUCUUUCGCCGGCGCAGCCCGUGAGGGUUGUCCCCACGCCGCCGGCGUCGCCCAACUUGUGCAUCAUCCAGGAGGAGAAUGGCAAUGGGCAGAUGUGCCACACCAUUAGCACCGGCACGCCGUAUGCUGGGUGCACCGGCGGCAUCACCCCCCAGAUCUGCCUCACCGACGUCCAGGGCAGCGAGAUCACGCUGGUGGCGCUCUCCUCGGACAACAGUCGGGACAGCGAGGACUCCCUGGAACCCCACACCCCUGUGAUGUCCCUACAGGGUCUCAUCAUCACCGAACCCAGCAGCGAUAUGCCUUCGAUUACCAGGGGGAUUGGACGCAAGGCGAGCCUGGACUGUGAACCGGGCGGAGGAGGACAUUGUCCAACUGCCAGUGGAAGUGUUUCGCAGCAGGUGCCAAGCCAAAGCCACUCCCAGGCCCAAACCGAAGCCCAGUGCCGGCGAGGAAGCGACAAAUCUCUGGGCUUCUCCGACGAUUCCCUCAGCAACGACUCGAAUAACCUGUCGCCCUGCCAGGAGCCAUCCGCCAGCUCCGGCUUCAAGUCAGAUUCCCACUCCGAAAUGGGGGAUCAUACGGAGUGCGGCCACUUGACACCUGAUUCCAUGUGCGACUCGCGACGCAUGUCGGACGAGAUGUGUUACGAGGUGCCGCUGCCGCACGAGUGCUCCAACUUGGACUCCACCCGCAUCCUGGAGAUGGUGAAGCAAACAAUUGAUUCCACAAUGCCACCCAAGGGCUUUGUUCUCCACAAGGGCAGCAUUAGCUCGGAGGACAGUGGAGCAGAGUCGCGUCAUAGCAGCGUCUCGAACGCCUCUAGCUCCAACCCGUUGGCCUGUGAGGCCCUCAACAUGGUGGCGACCGGCUCUGGUUACGGGGAGCCCACCACCAAUCUCAGUCUGGAGUACUCCGGCGGCCUGCAGAUCGAACUGCAGGUGUGCGAGGGACGCAGCCGCGAUCACCACGGUGCCGCCAAGGGGAUCAAGCUGCGGCGCAUCUCCGGGGACCAGUUUGAGUACGGCAAGAUCUGCCAGCAACUGAUCAGCACGAUCACCAUGCAGCAGGUGGCCGGUUAAGCCACCGGCUAAGUCCCCCCGUUUUGUCCCCCCUGCCUGCUGACUAAUCGCCUUGCCUAAACUCUGCGUAGCUGUGAUUAAAGCCGAUAUGUACGAUAUAUAGCCAUCCUAUGUAGCAACCCGUGUACGUGUGAGAUAGUGUCCCCUUUUAUCCCCUCCCGUCUUCGAGUUUGAGUAGCAUAAUCAAAAUUUUGAAUAUCAAUUAUAGACACUUUUUGAAUUGUCCUUCGAAACACGAUCCUUUGAUUCUUAAGUAGUUAAUUGAAAGUGAGCCGGAACCUGUACAUAGACAUGCAUAUAUUGUGUGGAAAUCUUUCGGAAUAUUCGCUAAUACCUUACAAACAUAUAUCCAAACGAUUCACGCACAUGCCAAGAUAGUUUAGAGAAUGUUGGGCGACGAGAGGUUUGUUUUCUUAGCAACACAGGAGCAAGUUAAUACAUUCCAGUAGCAGAAAUGUUCAUACAAAGAAACCGACGUACGUGGUAGUUGUAAAGAGUAUCUGUAUUUAGAAUCUAAACCAUAUAUCAACUAAUGUUAUUUUCGACUCUUUGUGCAAUUUGUAAACGAUAUAAAAGUGUUUAUUUUGUCAACUCAGUUUAGUAACGAUACGUAACGGCGGUACGUCUAUAUCCGAUCCGAUACCUGGAUCCGGAUCUGGAUGGGGGCCGACCUUAAUGUUAAUGCAUAGGUGAUUACAGAAAUUCGUAGUUAGUUUUCACUGGCAAUUUUUAGCUCCAAUUAGUGCUAAGCUAAGCUCUUGAUUCCGUUAAAUUUUAAAUAUUUCGUACGAUUAUAGUGAAAGUUUGUUCAGUUUUAUUAUAUACACACACGAUCUACGGUUAGAGAUAUAUUUUAUGAAUUCAACACAAAAUUGAGAAAUCUAUUUUUUAAUGAAAGACUGCUGUGAUUUUAUAUAUAAUUAAUUUAAAGCAUGAGAUAGAGGAAAACAAAUACAAGAAACAACAAACAAAUUUGAAACCAAUUAGUUAUAUCAUUAUAUAAUAAAUAAUUCAACUUUAUCUUAAAUAAAUUACCAACUCUCCAAACA